UUGAAUUGAAUUGAAACAUGUUACAUUUCCUUCUUCUGACUUCAUCCCUGCCCCAUUCAACAGGGAAAAUCAUGAAUGAAUCCAUUUUUUUUGAGUGGGAAUCGUUUUACCAAUACAUUUUUGUGCAACUCUUUUUGUUUUAAUCGUCCCAUUCUCUAAUCAGCUCUAUUUAUGCGUAAGCUGAAGCAGAUCAGUCUAUCGUUGGUUAGCUCGUUAGGUGGACGUACAGAGAUUCACAAUGCGCUUGAAGAUGCGAUGCUUCAUAGUGGGGUUAGUCAUCUGCUUGGCUCAUUAUCAGAUUUUCGUUCGGGGUGAUAAUGUGAUUGCGGAAAGUGAUGAUGAGACUUCAGACGAACUGGAGGAGACCUCCAGUGUUCCAGCAUUUGUUCGCAGUAGAUUUAACUUGCGAAUAUGGUCUACAACGGAAGCUGCCAUUGCGGGAGAGAAUGACAACUUGUUCGUGGACACUAGUUCUCCGUCGGAAACAUUAUCAACAUCGAAAAAGCCGAAAACCAAAACCAAUAGAUUCAGAAUUCAAAAUACAGUUCAGGAAACCACUACGGUCGAAAUGAAGAAAGAAAGUACAACGGAAGUGCCAACCACCACACAAAUUCCUACAACAACCAUUUUAGUAGAUGUUGAAGAGUCAACGACUCGCAAACCGACACCCAAAAAGCUUUCUUCGCCUGAAUGUGGAGAGUUGAAUGGUGACGAUGUGCCAUGGAUAGCAAUUUUGGAGCAUACAAACCCGAAGGGAGGUGCUCGCAAGAAGACGCUGAGCAAAGGAGUGCUGAUCGAUGAUCGCCAUGUGUUGACCACAAUAUCCAGCAUCCACAAUUCGUAUCCUUUCUGGGUCGUGACAGGAGUUCGUCUCGGUGACACUCCAACAUGGGCCGCUUCAAAAGGCGCCAAGGAAAUUAGCAUAAAAAAACAAGACGUAGUGUCGGUAUCGGUGAAGAAUGUAUUCCUGCAUGAAAAGAAAGACAUAGCAGUGAUAAGGUUGGCCGAGCGAGUGAACAUCACUGACAAAAUUCGUCCUGUUUGCUUGCCUAUGAAUGACCGUUUUAACUUUACCGACAUGUACUUCCACAUCUGCAAGAAGGACAAAUCUGAUUUUGGACGACCAAGCACCGCCAGCAAACUGAUUUCCGUCACUUAUCUCAGCCAGAAGGAUUGUCAGAUUUUGUUCCGCAGACAUCAGGCUGAGCUGGGCGCGAAGGAAUUCUGUGUUUGGGAUGAAACCGGAGACAACUGUACGGGUGACCUGGGCGGACCGUUGAUGGCUAAGAUUAACGGUCGGCAUCACGUGGUUGGAUUGAACUCGUAUGCUCUUUCAAAGUCAAAAAUCGACAGCGAGGGUCUUCCCGGAGUUUACGUUCGCGUUGGCUCAUUCCUCAAAUGGAUCCAAGCGGUACUCAAAACAGAAUUCGAUGAUUUACCAGAUGGACCGGCGUGAAUCGAUUAGAAGGCACACACCGGGAGAAAAGCAAAACUGGAUUAGUGGAACUCUUUCCGCAGUGUGCAACCACAUGUGUAGUUAGAUUAGAUUUGAUAGAAGCCAAGCGCACACACAGGUCAUGACCGAGACGAGAAGUGUGCGCUCCGUCUCCGACAGCACGCGAAUGUAUUUAUUUUUAUUAGCAUUUUGUAUGGUGGCAGUCUGAGUAUAGUAAGUGGAAUGCCCCAUGUUCUAGAAUGGAAAAUAACGCUGAGAUUACAACCGGUUCUCUGCGAA